AUGGUGUGCCCCAACUUCCAAGUCUUAACCCAAAUUCUGUAUUUGUAUACUCAGCAAGAGAAGGAGAAGAUGAUGGUGAGCGAGAUGAUCGGCAAGGUGACGAGCGAGUGCUGGGACAAGUGCAUCACAGGCGCUCCCGGGAGCAAGUUGAGCUCCGGCGAGACGAGCUGCCUGAGCAACUGCGCGCAGAGGUUCAUCGACAUGAGCGAGAUGAUCGCCAAACGUUUUGGCGCGCACUAG